AUGUACAAUAUUUAACUCAAAAAUAAAAAAUAUUUCUAAAAAAGUGUAAAAAGGGAGGGGUUACCUUUAAUUUUCUCUCACGGUACGCAACAGAAUUUGAUAAUAUAUAUACCACUAGAUAGAGGAAGUCUUCCUCUACAAACCUACAUAUAUCCCGUUCUGGGGUCAAAAAUUACCAUGAAAGUCAAAGUCACCUUUGUAUCAAUCAAUUCUACGAUGUGUCUUUCUUUUAUUUUUAGUCGAUACAUUAGUUCCUUGUGAAAAUAAUAAUGCACAACAAAAGCAAGAACAAAUUUUCCCUAAUGCAGAUGGACCACAAACACAGUCAAAUAGUGAUAAAAAAUGUUAUGAUGAACGUUUUCAUCCUGUUUUCACUUAUCCAUCAAAACUACCGGUAGUGUCUGAAUCUGAUCAUCUUCACGCAAUACUAUCUAUUAACAAAACAGAAGCAAGUGAUAAACCUAGUUUUCAAUAUGAUUCAGGUAGACGACAAACAUUUGUUGUUCAAAGUAUCGAUCCCAGAGUAUAUCUUGUGCUAAUUUAUGCUGGUCUGCGUCAAGAACGUGAUACAAAUGUAACAAGUUUUAUGAAUGAUAUAGUCACAUGUUUACGCGGUACAAAACUUUUGCUACAAUUAAAAAGUCCUCCAAAGUAG